AUUCUAAACAAGCGCGCGACGUGCUUACACGUCUUGUUCGUGCGCGCGAAUUCGUGUCUCGUUGGACGAAACGCUGAAACUUCAACGGUGACUUUAUAUCAGUGCUACGAUUAAUACAUAAUAACAUAAAAUCAGUGCGUACGGAAUUAUUCGAAAUGAGUUUAUGAUCUUUCGAUAAAUCGAACGGUUUUCGUGUGUUAAUUCGGAAGAGAAACAACGCGGCAGAAGAUACGAGAGGAAAGACUGCCAACUAGGUGGACUGCCCACGCGACAUUGAACACCGAAGAGAAGGCAAAAAGCAUCGUCCCAUUCGAAGAAUACAUUGAUAGUUGAUAUUUUUGCAAGAAAGAUCGUGAAAGGAGCGGGGAAAGCAUGGGCUUCGAUUCGACGGGAAAUAAAAUUGUACGCGUCGUCUGAGAUUCCGGGGCGAGCAUUCCCACGAAAAAGGUAUUAGUUCCUCGAACCGCGUCGUUGGUUUGCCUUCAAAGUUGUUCGAGUGGCGAACAAAGAGGAAGAAGAGGAGAACGAAGUGGACGAGGGACGACGAGCAAACAAAAAGGGAAGAAUCUUGCCAAUUACUGCCGCUCUGAAAUAAGAAUUGGACGCUUUCGAUCGCUGCUCUGAAAUUGGAGCGAUCGAUGAAACGCGUACGCGUUGUUACGUGGAUUUGCAGUCGAUAGCGGGAGAGGAAAGGAGCGAAUGAGCCACCUUUACAAUGGACCAUGAAGGAGCGCAGCGUGAGCUGGUAGUAGACGAGCGGUCGUCCUCUCGGUUGGCGGCUGGACGGUCAUCGACGGGAUCCUGCAACGCUGAAUCGUUCACCCCGCGGGUGUUGGCCACGGCAGGUACGAAGUCGACAGGUGCAAUAAUCGGGGGUGACCCGGUUGUUGCCGCCGGGGCGGCGAUGCGACGAUGAGCUCGCUGAGGAUACCGCUAUCUCUCUACACCCGACCAGAGCCCCGAGUAAUAAUAGGAAGGCGGCCGGGUCGGCUCACGAGUCGUCGCAAGGUCGAGCACAGAGGAGCGGAAGCCGGUUCAAGGCCGAUAUUAGUCGCUUGGCCAUGGACCUCGAGGCGAGGAACGGGACCGGUGGUAACGAAGAGGAAUACACGAAUAUUUAUUUCAUGGUUGGGGAUCGCAGGGAGACGGCCACCUACAAAGCGGAUCAGGUCACGGACAUGGAGCUUAAGGAACUCUUUAGGAACGCAGCAGAGGCUGGACCUCUGGACAUCGUGAAGCUUUGCAAAGGGGACAAACUGUUGAACAUUUCGACUAAUUUGCCGGCGAACACACCCGAUUCUCCCUAUGUCCUUCAGAUCGUCGGAGCUCAUCCGGCCUCGUCGGGGGUGAUCGAGGCGGAAGUGCUGUGGGCUCUCGAGAGACGCGUGGCGGCCUUGGAACGGCAACUUCGGGAGCAUCAAGAAGCUCUGUACGCAUCGCCUUCGUUCGCUCUUCGUGAACUGAAGCGGCAGGUCGACAGUUUCAAGAACAAGUUGGAGCACAACGACCAACUCAGUUGGCUGAGUUUCUACAAACAGCUUCCAGAGCCUCUCUACGCGGAUUCCUACCGCAGAUUGCAGUAUCGGCGGAAGAGCGACAGCAUGAAGCGGAAGGUGCGAGAAAAGUUCCUCAAUAUCUGCGACGUAUCGAUAUCGUCGAGCGUUCGGGAGUGGCUACGCUCGCCGGCUUUCGAUGCCCGGCAAUGGGAAGACGAAGAACUUCUCCUUAUGCUGCAAACCAUGUUCGUCGAGCUGGACCUACCUCAAAAGUUUAACAUUCCUUUACCAAUCCUGAGGAACUUCCUCUAUGAAGUUUACAACAACUAUAACGAAGUGCCGUUUCAUAACUUCAGGCAUUGUUUCUGCGUGGCGCAAAUGAUGUACGCGAUAUCUUGGGCGGUGGAUCUGCCGUCACGAAUCGGUGAUCUGGAGGUUUUUAUAUUGAUCGUCUCCUGCAUCUGCCACGACUUGGAUCAUCCAGGAUACAACAACAUUUAUCAGAUAAACGCCCGUACCGAGUUGGCGCUCCGUUACAACGAUAUUUCGCCACUGGAGAAUCAUCAUUGCUCCGUUGCGUUUCGCGUCCUCGAAGCCCCGGAGUGCAACAUAUUGGCGUCGUUGGACAACCCGACGUAUCGGGUGGUACGCGAAGGGAUCAUCAGAUGUAUUCUUGCCACGGACAUGGCCAGACACAACGAGAUUCUCGGCCAAUUCACCGACAUUAUCCCGGAAUUCGAUUAUUCGAGCAAGGCUCAUAUCAAUCUUUUAUCGAUGAUUCUCAUCAAAGUGGCGGACAUCAGCAACGAGGCCCGGCCUAUGGAAGUCGCGGAGCCGUGGCUGGACAGGCUGCUCCAGGAAUUCUUCAAGCAGAGCGACGCCGAGAAGCUGGAAGGAUUACCGGUUACGCCGUUCAUGGAUCGCGACAAAGUGACCAAACCCUCGUCCCAAGUCAGCUUCAUCGGUCUCGUCUUGCUCCCUCUUUUCGAGGCCCUGGGGGAACUGUUCCCGGAACUGCAGGGCCUGAUAGUGCAGCCGGUGAGGGAGGCGUUGGAGUAUUAUCGCAGAUUGAACGAGGCGGCCAAGGACGAGCGGCAUCACCGGAAGAGCGUGGCCGAUGUCGGGGAAUCGACGUCGGCGAGCGCGGCGGGCGGCGGCGGCGGGGGAGGCGGCGUCGGGGGCGGCGGGGCAUCGAGCGUGGCGAAGUCGAGCUCGUCGCACAGCAUGCGGUCGAAACGGUCGGCGGGGACGGUCCGCUCGCGGUCGCGUUCCACCGACGAGGACGUGACGGAGAACUUGGAGGGGGAGGACGCGGAGAACGUGGAGAGCUCGGAUCCGGAAACGGCGACCGAGGUGGAGGUGAGCGAGAAAACGUUGAAGUUCAAGAUCUCGACGGAGGGGACGCUGUCCGGGGCUGGAACAGGUAGGAAAAGCUACCCGGGUAGCCGGAAGGGUAGCCGUGAGAAAUCGUCACUGGAUUAUCAUAAUCACGACCUGGCCAGGGCUGUGAGGGAGCACGAGCGAAGCGAAAGAAAACGAGGCGGUAAGGGGGAGAGCCUCGGCAGCGAUCUGAGCUCGCCUGCGAGCGGUUGGUCCGCGGAGGAAACGAGGAUCUUGGAGGAGUUGGAGAGGGCGGACGAGGGCGUCCGGGAGUUGGACGCGAGAUCGGGGGAGCGAAGGGCGCCGGCGAUGGUGGAGGGUAACGGCAACGUGGUGGUGGAGGUGGAGGAAGGGAGGAACAGCUCGAGGAGGGCGGGCAGCUCGGUGGGGGAAGGCGGCGAGGAGAGGGCGAGGUGCGGGGAUGGCUCGAGAGAGGUUCGGAGGAAGUCGGUGGUCGGGUCGCGGUGCUGCUGCGAGGACAAAACCGGUUCCAACAAUCACAAAUCCAUCUUCUCGAGAUUGAGAAACUUCACGGAUCGGUUGAGCAUCAGCUUCGACUCGAAGGAUCCGCCCACGCCCAAGCCGACUAAACACGCCGCGACCGCGAACAAAACGUUGAACAAGAGCAACUCGAUAACCGCGACCCCGUCGGCCGCGACGACCUCGUCCCGGUCCAGCCAGUGCAACAACUCCGUCGCGGUUUGCAAGCGGUGCAAUCUGGCCAAGAGCUCGUCGAAAGAGGGCAAAGGUGGUGUCGCGACGGUGGUGGAGCUGUCCCCGAUGGAGAAACGGGCCAUGACGUUGCCGAAAGUGAGAAAGUCGGCCGACUGCAAGAACAAGAGUUGGAGGACGGUGUUCGCCAAGGAGAAGCGAUCGUCCGCCUCGUUGGAGGCUUUGCCCGCCGCCGUUUCCGACACGUCUUUGUCGAAACACCGGCGGAAUUCCUCGAACCCGGAGGGCAAGUCGCACAGCCUGAAAACGGUCAAGGAUCAGAAGAGUUUGGACAUGGAGUUCGCGGAGAUCGACGUGCGCACGAAGAAGCAGCAACACCACAAUCGUCACCACCAUCGCCACCACCACCAUCACCACCUCCACCACCACCACCACCAGCCGGAGAUAAUCGUGAAGGGGGUCGAGUACGGGUCGAGGGAGGUCGUGGAGGAACGCGAGGACGUGGAGAGCAAGGUGGAGAUCAGGAGGAGCUCGGCGAGUAUGGAGGAUAUAUCGAAGAUGGCGAAGCAGGCUGAGAGCGCGAUGCUCGGCUCGUUGGAGCCGAAGAAAGCGAGCGAGGAACGUCCCCACGCGGGUAGCUUGGACUCGAUGCUGUACAAGGAUUCUUUGAAAUCCCGGAAGAAGGCCGCGUGCUCCUCGCCGACCGCCGCGUCGAAAAAAUCUUCUCCCGGCUUGUUGUCGCGGUUCAAGUCCGGGAUGAGCAUGGACAGCACGAGGAGCAACAGCAACAGCGACUCGUUGCACGACCAAAGCUCACAAUCCCCGAGCGGGUGGAUCUCCUCGUUGACGGCGAGCUUUCGGCCCAAGAGGCAGCAGGUGGCCUCGGAACCGCCGCCGUUCUCGUCCUCCCAUCCCCCGCGCUCGCCGAGUCGAGAGGAGAUCAAGUGAUACGGUCUACGACUGGUCGAGGACUCUUCCGAGAAACAAUUGUCGGGCUUGCACAGGUGGCUGGCCGAGAAUAUCUUCUGCUGUAGCGGUUAACACGCGUUCCGUUCGCCGUUUAUUCCUGGGCUCGAGGGAACGAGCCAAGUCUCCAUCCCGAAUCACGAUCGGGAGGAGACGGAGCCAAAGAUCGUUGACGAGUCGCUGAAAUUGAGAAGAAGAUGUGUGGGGGAGGAGACGCAGGACGCAACGAGCACGCUGGAAAUACGGAAGGGGCCGUGUCGAAGCGUUCGCCUCGAUGAUCGACUCGACCCGAUCGAUCCGGAGUCGAUCGUCCGCGUCUCUCCCUCGUUGGCCGAACGAACUCGAUCAUUAUCUCGACUCGAUCUCGGACUCAUUUAUCGAGAGCAAACGGAGAUAUCCGACCAAUCUUUUUUCUCUCCAUCGAUUCUCGGCCAACGAUUAGAAAAAUCUCCUCCGCGCGGCCAUCUUCCGUCCGAUCUGGAUCCCCGUUCUGCGUUUUCAAAUUGAAACGCGUCUCGGUGUGGCACACGCCUAUAGCAAGAGUGGAGGCAAUUUUUCGCGUGGAACUCGAGCGAUCGGAUAAUCGGGCAAACGCCGGAUCGGAUCGUGGAGGCAAAGAGGAACAUUCGCACAAACGAUCUGACUGUAUCCCGUCGCGUCGCGUCGCGGAUGAUUCGGGAUGAUUAUCGGGGAACGCGGAGGUUGGAGAGAAAGGAAGAUGGAUAGGUUCUCGAACGUUGUGCGAGGAUCGAAGCGCGAUUUAAAAAAGGGGAAAAAAUAGUACGUCUUAUAGUACGUCUGCGUAUAGUAAGUCGAUUAGCUGUUUCCAAAUGUAGCCAGAGAAUGUGUGAGUGUAAUUAAUUCGUUCGUAUCGAAGCCAAACUGUCGAACAGCUGGCCAAUACCAAAUAUAUGUAUAUUGCUCCUAAUUAUCGAUCUCCGUUCCGAGAGCAGAGUUGAAUGAAAGAGCGGGAGAGAGCGAGAGGAGAGACUGUGAAUAGGAGUGAAAGAGAGGGAGAGAAAGGUAGAAAAGAAAAUAUCGCGUACGAUGAAAUAUAAUAAUUUGUCGAGAUCGAGCGGUUCGAACUGGCAUAGAGAUUGAAACAAAAAAUGAUAUUGAAAAAAAUAGAAAAAGAAUCGAAGCGAGGAAGAAACAAAAAUGGACGGCCUGAAAGAGGAAGAAGGAGAAGAAGAAGAAAAAGGCGCGCUAUAUAAACUAUUUUAUUUAUUGUCCAAUUAAAAAAAAAGAAUAGCCUAAUGAGUAAUCAUUAAUGUUGUUCGUUAUUAUAUAUAUAUAUAUAUACAUAAAAUAUAUGCAAAACGCAAUAUGUAUACAAAGACGUGAAAAGAAAGAUAUGCGAUUCCCAUCGAGACGAGAACAUAACGUAUAUAUAUUAUAAAAAAUACAUAAAGAAAAGAAUCUCUCUCUCGUACGAAAAAGCAGAUCUACUGUAACAGAAAAAGAAUUCAACAAAGUAUAGAUACGGAUAGUAAAAUGAAAAGAUUCAAGACGGAUGUGUCGCGUUGAAUUAGAAUUAAAAAUUUAUCGCCUGUUUGAAAAAUUUCCUCUGUCGCGGGAAAGAAAAAAUAAAAAGGAACAGAAGAAAAGAAAGCAGAAAGAGAGAGAGAGAGAGAGAGAGAGAGAGAAAGGAAAAAGGAAAUAAUUUCGUGUUUAUCUCGAACGUCGCGGGGAAAGAGACGAAAUCAAUCGGUUCCAAUUAUUUCGAGGCAAUCAUUCGUACGAAAAAAAACGAUUUUGUUGAUCUGUCAAAAAUUUAGAUGAAUGUCAAAUAAAUGUUGUUUCCUCGUUGAAAAAAAAAAUGUCUUCCUAUGAUUUAAAAAAAUUUAUUAUAUAAACACGUAUAAUCUCACGGAAAAAUUGUUGUAAAAUCGGUGGAAUCUUUUGAUCUAACGAUUAUUUUAAAUCUUUUAUCGGUAGUCAACGAACAUAUUUAUUUCUUAUAGCGAUCACGUUACCUCAUCUGAUAGCUAAAUUUAUAUAAUGGAUCGACAAAAAAUACACUCUUGGUCUAUUUUCGAACGCGUUUAGAACGAGGAUAAAAAGAGCGAAAUAAAAGAGAUAAAAUCAUCUAAAUGGAUAAACG